GCCUUAUUCAUACACAUAUGGUUCACCAGGUCUCAGUUCAGGGGUGGAACCUUUAUCCUCACUCAGAAUUGUACUGGAUAAUCUUUCAAACUGCAUUCCAACUCAGCAGGAGCAAUGACAAUGCAAUCCUACAAGCUCACCUAUUUCAACAUGCGAGGUAGAGCAGAGCUGCCUCGGUAUAUCUUUGCCUAUGCUGGAAUAGCCUUCGAGGAUCGGCGGGUAGAGUGGAAUGACUGGCCAUCGAUUAAGAAGACCUUUCCAUUAGGAAAGCUCCCAGUGCUAGAGGUGAAUGGGGUCCCUCUGACCCAGAGUCUGGCCAUUGCACGGUUCCUGGCAAAGGAAGCAGGGCUUGUGGGUAAUAGCAAACUAGCCGAGGCCCAGGCAGACGCUCUGGUUGAUACCCUCAACGACUUCACCCUCUUAAUCCCAUGGAGAGAGGACAACCCACAGAUCAAAACACAGAAGAUUGACAUGCUUUUCCAAAGCCACGCCCCCAAGUUACUGGACCAUCUCCAGUGCCAUUUGGGAGACAGGGAGUGGUUAGUGGGUGAUUCGAACAAGGAGAAACACAGACAGAGUGACAGCAGAGACCGACUGCACAACAGGGAGGUAACAGAGGCUCAGUUAGUGGAGACCUGGGCUGAUCUGUACUGCCAUGUGUGCUUCACUACCUUCAGUGUGCUGAGACCGGGCUUUGCUGAUGACCAUCCUGCCCUGUGUGGCCUGAUUGACCGGGUGGAGGCCAUCCCGAACGUCGCUAAGUGGAUCCAGAGCAGACCUACAACAGAGUUCUAAAACCUGGGCCCAGUUCAGUAGGGACAAAACAGGAUAAAUGAUCUGAAGCUUAGAAUUGGUCCAAUAACAAUUCUCAUUUAAAUGUUUGUUUCAAAUGCGUUUGCAUUUCCGUGCUUACUGAACACAAACCACAACUUACCCCGCAAUGAGGAAUGUGUAUGCAGAAAGUACUGAUGUGAGGCACAAGGGGGUUGAUUAUUCCCUUCUUACUGUAGAAGUAUAGCCAGACAUGACAAAAUGAAGAUUGCAAAUGUACUUUUAAAAUAAACCAUUGAAACAAAAAAUAAA